AUGGGUGUGGUGCUGGCGUGGUCGUCGCCGGCGGUGCCCAAACUCCCCCACCUGACGGCCGCCGAGGCGUCGUGGGUGGGGUCCCUGCCGUCGCUGGCGGCGGCGCUGGGUCCCUGGGUGGGCGGAUGGGCGGCGGACCGCAUUGGGCGGCGCACCACGGCGCUCCUGGGGGCGCUGCCAAUCGCCGCCAGCUGGGUCGCGCUCAUGUUCGUCGAGCACGCGCCCACCUGGCUCUGCGUCGUGCGCUUCAUCUCGGGACUCGGCAUCGGACUCAUCGUGCCUGCGCUCGGCAUGUACGGCGCCGAGAUCUUCCAGGCCAACAUAAGGGGCGCGCUGUCUAUGGUACAACAGCCGUCGAUAACCACGGGCUUCAUGAUCGACUACUGCAUCGGCCCUUUUGUGUCGUACAGUACGCUAGCGGCCAUAGGGCUGGCCGUGCCUCUGCUGUUUCUGGUGACCUUCUUCUGGGUGCCAGAAUCGCCCUACUACCUGCUGGCCAAGGGCAGGGAUGAAGACGCCGCGGAAUCUCUCCGGCGACUGCGAGAUGACAACAGCGACAUCUCUUCUGAACUUCAGAGGAUGAAGAAAGCCGUGGAGGACUCCAAGGUGAACGAGGCCUCUGUGCUGGACCUGUUCCGGUCCCGCAGGUGCCGCCGCGCGCUGGCCAUCUCGCUGGGCGUGGUGUGCGCCGAGCAGCUGGCGGGCAUCAACGCGGUGCUCUUCUACACGCAGAGCAUCUUCGACGCCGCUGGCGGCGACGUGGACAGUCGUGUCGCGCCCAUCAUCGUCAACGGCGCCAUGCUGCUCGAGUCGUGCGUCACGCCCUUCCUGGUGGACCGCCUGGGCCGCCGGCCGCUGCUCAUCUUCUCCUCCACCGGCAUGUCCGUCGCCCUGACUGUUCUGGCUGUGUAUUUCUACCUGAGUGACACAGGGAAAAGCGUCGAGGACAUCGGCUGGCUCCCACUCACUGCCCUCGUCUUCUACAUCGUCACCUACACCGCAGGAUACGGCGGCCUACCGUUCACCGUUACAGGGGAAAUCUUCGCGCAGAACGUCAAGUCUGUGGCUCUACCUGCAGCUUCCUGUGUUUCGUGGACCAUGUCCUUCUUGGUGACGAGGUUCUUCGAGGACAUUUCCAUCGCCGUCGGCAACUAUGGGCCCUUCUUUCUGUUCGCAGCUUGCUCCUUACUAGCCUCCCUCUACGUGUACUUUUUGCUGCCUGAAACGAAGGGGAAGACUUUGGAAGAGAUACAGGUUAUGCUUGAAAGCGAUAGGACUAUCAGAGCAUGUCGCUGAAGAGAUACGCGAUCGUUUAAUCUUUGUUUUGGAACGACUCCGCAUCUGGUGCUCACUGUACUCCUUCACGACUGAAUCGGAAGCAGCAAAACUUAGUACUUCACAUCGAGCAUAAUUCUCACCUGAGAAGUGACACAGCUGGAAGAAAUGACGUCGAAUGUCAUUCAACUUCAUUUUGUGAGAACUCGUUACGAGUGCACUGACCAGUAUUACACUCUAUUUAUGAUUUGUUGACCGAGAUUUGUAUGAGAAAAUUAACCUUAAUACUCAUUGAUUGUAGUGAAAAAGUGUUCUCUUUUCGACCAUAGUGACGAAGCAAGCCAAAAUAUAACUCAUUUUUAAUUGGUCCCCAGAAUACGAAACCAUGAGAAGAAUGAGA